AUGGCUACAGAACAAAACAUAAAAAUAAUAGAAGUCAAACAUACUAGCAGGGCCAUAUUAUAUCCUCGACACGGACGUCUCGUCCAGGCUAAAUUCAACAAGUCUGGUGUCUUGAUGGUCAGGGCCGCGCCUAUCUACAGUUUCGUGCGCAAUAACCAGGGGCCUUGGAACCUUUUUCUACGCUACCAUGCCCGUGAGCCUCGCGAUGGGCCAAAAAUAGAAUUCGGUGACGAUGAGGAGUGUAUCCCCGCAGGCGCCUGUGCCCCCAAGCACGCUCCCAAUCUACCGGAAUUCGAGAAAGAGAAUGCUCCUCCUAAGGAAGGCGAGACCCCAUCAGUCGGCGAUCUUUGA